AUGUCGUCGUCUCGCGUGGGAUUCCGCUUUCUCAACAACGCUCGUUUUGCGUUCCGCAAUGCCUCUGCGCCAUUCCGCCGGCCGGGUGCCCAGGGUUUCCGCUUCCAGAGCUCCGAGGCCGGUGCUGGUGCCGCAGAGCAGCAGAGCGCUUUCCAGCGGAUGUGGAACAGCCCCGUUGGCGUGAAGACUGUGCACUUUUGGGCCCCCGUUAUGAAGUGGGCUUUGGUCAUCGCCGGUAUCUCCGACUUCAACCGUCCUGCUGAGAAGCUGUCGCUCACUCAGAACUGUGCCUUGAUGGCCACCGGCGCCAUCUGGACUCGCUGGUGCUUGAUCAUCAAGCCCCGUAAUGUUCUCCUCGCUGCCGUUAACUUCUUCCUUGGCUGCGUUGGUGUUGUUCAGGUGUCGCGUAUCUUCAUGUGGCAGCGCAGCCAGCAGGGUUCUACUGUCGAAGCUGCCCAAGAGCUUGAGCACGAGGCCGCCGACUCCGUGAAGGCCGUCGCUCACAAGGCCGAAGAUGCCGUGAAGGCCGUCGGUGAGAAGUCGGUUUAA